AUGAAAACACUGAGUUGGAAUUCCCGUGGGCUUGGGAACCCACGUGGAAUUCAAAACCUUCGUGACCUGGUCAGGAAGGAAGAUCCCGACAUCUUGUUCAUUCAGGAAACUAGACUAAGAGUUUCUGAAAUGGACAGGUGUAAGCGUAGUUUGGGUUUUGAAAAUUGUCUAGCAGUGAGUUGUGAGGGAAGAAGGGGGGGACUGGCUUUAUUUUGGAAGUUAGAAGUGGACUUAACCAUUUUACAAUAUUCGAAAAACCAUAUACAUGCUAUAAUUGCUGAAGAAGAACAAGAGAGUAGAAGGUGGUUUUUAACAGGCAUCUAUGGCUUCCCUAAGGUGGCUAGCAGACACUUGACAUGGACCCUUAUGCGAUCACUGAAAAAUGUUGACAACUUGGGGUGGUUAUUAAUUGGUGACUUUAAUGAAAUUAUACACCAAGCUGAGAAGUGGGGGGGAGUGGACAGACCAGAAUGGCAAAUGAAGAACUUCAGAGAUGCUAUAGAUGAUUGUGGUAUCAAGGACUUGGGGUACCAAGGCUGCCCAUACACGUGGUCCAAUAGAAGAGAGGAAUCUGAGUGCAUAAGUGCUCGACUUGACAGGGCCCUAGCUAAUGAAGUUUGGUGCUUAAACAACCCUUUGGCAAGUGUGAUACAUGGUUCAGUAGCCUACUCUGACCAUACCCCUUUGUGGGUGGAUACGACUAGAUAUCAAAUAAGUAGGAGGGGGCACAGACCUUUCAGAUUUGAAUCAAUGCGGUUAGGAGAGGAAGGCUGCUCUAAACCAAUCAAGGAAGCAUGGAGGGAAAGGAGCAAAGGAGAUGGGAUAAAGACUUUGAUGCAAUGGACUCAAAAGGUGGGGGAGAAACUGAAAGUGUGGAACAAAAAAAGCUUUGGUAAUGUAAAAGUCAAACUUGCAGAGGCAAAAGAAAAUCUAUGUCAGUUACAAAAAAAGGAUCCUGUAGGCUUCAACUCUCAAGAAAACAUGAGUGUCAGAGAAGAAGUGAAUAAAUGGUUAGGAAGGGAGGAGGAAAUGUGGCAUCAGAGAUCCAAGGCUUUGUGGAUCCAGGCAGGGGACCAAAACUCAAGAUACUUUCACUCUAAAGCCUCACAUAGGAAAAAGAAGAACACCAUAAAAAGGCUACAAGAUGAGCAAAACCAAUGGAAAGAAGGAAGAGAUAUGGAAGAGUUAGUGGUUAACUACUUUCAACAGCUGUUCAGUAGCUCAGAGGAGAGGGACCAUACUGAAUCUGUUGCUAGAGUGGAGAGCAAAGUCACAUCUCGAAUGAAUGAAGAAUUGAAGAAACCAUUUACUGUAGCAGAAGUCAACUUGGCCCUUUCUCAAAUGCAUCCAACAAAGGCCCCUGGACCCGAUGGUAGAUUAAUUACUGAUAAUGUGUUAGUGGCCUAUGAAAUUGUUCACUUUCUAAGACACAAAAGAGGGGGAAAGAAAGGCUAUAUGUCCAUCAAAUUAGACAUGAGCAAAGCCUACGAUCGAGUUGAGUGGGAUUUUUUGGAAAGCAUCAUGGUUCAAAUGGGGUUUGAGACCAGCUGGAUUAACUUAAUUAUGUACUGUGUGACCUCAGUUUCUUUCUCUGUCAUGUUGAAUGGUGUACCAACAGGUUGUAUUAAACCUACUCGUGGGUUGAGACAAGGGGACCCUUUGUCCCCUUACCUCUUUCUCCUAUGCACUGAGGGUUUAGUCAGUAUGUUGAAGCAAGCAGCUUUGAAUUCAAUGAUACCUGGUAUACAAAUCUGCAGAGGGGCUCCAGCCAUAAACCACUUACUCUUUGCUGAUGACAGUGUUAUCUUCUGUAAAGCUGAUGUCCAAACAAAUCUCGAGCUACAAAGAAUCCUUAAGAGGUAUGAACUGGCAUCUGGGCAGAAAUUGAAUAUGGAUAAGACAAGUAUGGUUUUCAGCAGCAAUGUAAGUGCUCCCAUGCAAGAGGAAAUAAGGAACAUGUGGGGGGGAAGUGCUAUUCAACAGUAUGAAAAAUACUUGGGUUUGCCUCCAAUGAUAGGUAGGAAGAAGGCUAAUGCUUUCUCGGAUAUCAAGUCAAGAGUAUGGAAGAAACUGCAAUGUUGGAAAGAAAAACAACUUUCUCAAGGAGGAAAGGAAAUACUACUGAAGGCAGUAGCUUUGGCUAUUCCCACCUAUGCUAUGAGUUGCUUCAAAUUGCCAGAUUGCCUGUUUAGAGAACUUGAAAGCUUGAUGGCCAGAUUCUGGUGGGGUAGAACAGAAAACAACAAAAGAAUUCAUUGGGGUUGUCAAAGGAGGGUAGGGGAUGGAAAAAAUAUCAGGAUUUGGCAUGAUUACUGGAUCCCAGGACACAGAAAUGCGUUACAUGAUCACUCAGUAGGAGAGAGCCAGGACAGGAAAAAUGAGACAGUGGAUACUCUGAUCAAUGGGGAAACCAGAUGGUGGGAUAUUUCAAAAGUUCGAGCUCUAUUCAAUCCAAUUAUAGCAGAGAAGAUACUAAAAAUAGUAAUAUGUCCAGAGGGCUAUGAAGACAGAUGGAUGUGGUCUGAAGAGAGAAGUGGGGAGUUUAGUGUUCGUAGUGCUUAUAAGCUGUUACAAAAAGGCCUGUAUGAUGCAGUAGGGCAGAGUUCAAAUAGUAGUAGCUUGAAUAGUCUGUGGAAAGCAAUCUGGAAGAUGAAGUUGCCUUUGAAAAUAAGAAUUUUUGCAUGGAAAUUAUGCAAGGAUUACUUACCAACAGGAUUGAACUUAAUUAAGAGACAUGUUGAUAUAGAUCCUAAGCGUUGUUUAUGUGCUGAAUAG